CUCUCGUCACGUAUAGUUUCACUAACACCAGGUCUCCUGCUGCCCGUUUCCCGUAUCAGACGGAAUAACUUACGAUGGUUACCAAGGGCAGCGGCCAUUUCCAUCUCUGAUGCACGAUGAGACCACCAGGAUUCGCGGUCUCUCUUCAGGCUAGCACGGAGUUUUGCCCGGAGCUCUUUGCGAGUUUCAUUGUGUUCGCUUCCAGCCGGAAUAUGCCGGCGAGCAUCUAUAAGUUCCAGAGACUGUGAAGAGACCCAAUGUCCAUGUUGGCGAUUAGACAUACCACAUGAGGAUUUUCCUGCUGCUAGUAAGGUCUGGUGAAUAUGAGACCAGUGACCUUCAAUUGCAUCCAGUGAGCGUUUAUCCAACUCGCAUGACAGCGUACUUUGAUAGGCAUUCAGAACAGCUGGCUUCGCCAGUUGGCUGGUGUCAAUGCGCUCACAGCGUCGUCGUGGGCGUCCGCCAAAGCGCAUCCGCAGGUCAGCACAUACAAGUGCAUGGUCGGUGUCUACACAUGUGCUCCAAAUCGAGCGACAGUUCUGGACGCAGCCUCUCCAUCGGUAACUUAUCGCAAUGUGAUCGAUUUGCGUCCAUAGCUGGUUCGAGGCUGGUGGGCGCCAAGUCACCCUCCGGCGGGUGCUGUGUCGGAAAUUAGUGCUCGCAAGAAAUAAGCGAGCAUCCUCACACAAAUGAAGUAACCGCUCACCGUUAUCAUUACGGGAGCCUACACCAUGUUGGUCGCCCAGAUGCAGCUCAUCUGUGGAUAAUUUUCCAACUUGAGC